AUGCAUAUCAGAGAGCAUCGUUCAUUUUCACUUAGAACUUCAUCAGUGCACAUACGUGAUGAGGAUCCCAAAGACGUUGUCAAGAGCAGCAUCUGCGGAGUUAUGAUGGGAGUGUUAUUUAUGAUAAUAUUUGCAAUAAUAGGCAUAGUGGGAAUCUUCACAAACAUAGAAAAAGAGAGUGAGUACAUAUGGAUGCUCGUCGCAUUGUCGCUUACCUACAUUCUAUUCAUUCCUUACUUCAUUCUCAUUCUGAAAGACCUGAAGAGAAUCUCGGCUGAGUUGGAGAAGCAUCAAGAUGAAUCCAUAGUAAUGAAUCCCUUUGCGUUUGCUUCAGGCAUGAAUACGAUCAAUGCAAUCACAAGCAAUGAAAAAUAUAACCCGUUUAGACUGUUAAAUAUUUAGUUCUCCAUAAUAUCUCUUAUACUUAGUGCAUACUUAAUAAAUUCGAAGAUUGUAAUAGGAUCCUUAUUAGCAAUUGUGAAUUACAUAGUUGCAGCAACGAUAUUGAUCUACGCUUGUCGAAAGUGUUGGUUGGGCUGUUGCAACAUUAGAGUGGUUACAAAAAAGCCUAAACGAUACAUUUAUUAGCGCUAUCCUUCUCCAAGAGAGGUCCAGAAGACAGCAUUUGCCUUUGGGAUACUACUACUGGCAUUCUAUGUAUUCAAGGGAAUUCUGUACAUCAUAUUUUUAUUCAUACAGUAAGAGGAUUACAAAUUUACGCAACUCACCAGUCUCUUUUAUUCAUUUAUCAUUUGCACUCAGAUCGUUUACGUUCUCUAUUUGAUCAAAAAGAUCAACAUCACCUUGCAUUCCAAGAAGUACUUCAGAUGCUAUAUGACAUUGUUCCAAUCAGUGUAUCUCUCAUACACUACAUAGAAUUGUGUAUUAAAGGGUCUUUACUUCUUUUCCCUCUUAUGCACUUACAUCGCCUUCUUUCUUGAAAAACCAUAUAAAACGAUCGCCAAAGAUUCAUUAUUUGGAAUUUAGUAAUUUUGUUCUUAUGAACACUUUAUCUACCUCUUUACUAUCAUGUAACUAAUCUACUUCUUCCUUUUUCGAAGUUAUUGUGUCAACAAGGAAGAAGAACAGAUCUAAAUAUUUGAUUUUAAUCUGGCUUAACCCUAAGAGUAGAGAUUGCAAUGGGUUCAAAAUUAUCAAGACUACCCUCUUUACAAAUAGAAAUCAUUGUCCAACAUCUACCAAAUCCAUGACUUGGAAGCUCUGUAGGAAAUCUAUGACAAUAUAGUGUUUCAGAAUUCUUAGUUAGAAUUAAAAGUCAAGCCCAGAAGUGGACAAUUAAUCUCCUUAUUAUAAUGGAUAGAAGACAAGAAGUUUUAAUUUCAAUUGGAAGGAAAAAAGGUUGAUGAAGAUUAUUUCAACAACCUCAAACAAUUCAUAGAAUAAAAUGUUGGUCAGAGACAAGACAAUCCAGAGAAACAAAAACUAGAUUAGGAUAGAAUGGAGUGUGCCAUUUGCUUGUAAAACCUUGAUUACAAAGAAAACAUCACUUAACUCGAGUGUCAUUUCACCCAUAGAUUCCAUACUGAAUGCAUUGAAAGAUGGAUUCUUGCAGUUCAUAAAUGCCCCUUAUGCAAUUAGCCCACUUGA